AUGUCUAGCUGGUGGGGCGGCAGUCGUAAUUAUGCGCAGGAGCGCGAUGCUGAAGGGAGGAUAGGAGCGAACCGCAAACAGACUCAGGAACCGCUCCUCCCCGCUUCUCAAGGAAACAGUCAAGCGACCGAAAACAAUGCUGUCAACGUCCCGUCAACACGCGCAGACAACCGUUCCGUCAUCGACUCGCACUCGACAACCGUUCCCUCGCCAAACGCACUAAGGGAUCGAGGAGUCAUGAGCUACAAUAUGUUCAACUUCGUCGACGCGUCAAUCCUGAGUAAAUUGGAGCUCCCUUCAUUCUCAGGCAACUUACUGGAGUAUCCAGAAUUUUGGGCACGGUUCAGCAUCUUGGCGCAUGACAAAGCGCAACUAGACAACUCGACGAAAUUUUCGCUCUUGAAAUCAUGCUUACAUGGGGAGGCUCAUCAAUCAAUUAAGGGUUUAGCCGUCACAGCAGCCAACUAUUCAAUCGCCGUAGAUAUCUUACGAACUCAUUACGACGAUACUACUACCACUCGUCACAUCAUGUACACCCAAUUGGCCAACCUUCCAGCAUGCCAUGAUGUGAGAAAUUUACAGUCAUUUUAUGCGCAAAUGUAUGCACUCGUUCGUCAAUACGCUACGUAUUACGAUGAUGGCACAGAAUUCGCAUUUGGAGCUAUCCUAUUAAAGAAACUACCGAGAUGUGUCAGAAGCCACGCUUCCUCGUACUUGAGCAACUCCACUGGAGCGAUAGCUACGAAUCCAGCAAACUAUGAUAAACUUACAGAACUUGUUGCACGAUUCUGGGACUUGGAAUCAGCAGGAAUAAUGGAGAACCCCGGACAAAGUGAUGAUGAAGAAUAUCUGAAACUCUUUCGCGACAACUACUCAAUGACAUAUGCGCGACUAAAAAACAGCAUCCCAUCGAUGUCCCGAAAUGCAUCAUACAUGGAAAAGUACAACGCAGUCUUCAAGGAACAACUUGAAGAAGGAUUCACCGAAGAAGUACCCGAUGCUGAAAUAACUGAUCCAUCACAUUACCUGUCACACCAUGAAGAGCUUAAAAAAGAGAGCGAUGACAUAAGAGUAAGUAGGCAUCUUGCUCCGAACUCGAUUUCCGAAGAUAUUGAUCAACAGCGACGUCGAGAAAACAUUUUUAAUGGUUGGUCUUCAUACGGAAUCCCGAAAUUACACUCGAUUCUUAUGGCUCAAGGACUACACAAAACCAGUUCAUCCCAACAAUAUCGUAACCUACAGGUUCAAACGUGUUCUGUUCGGACUUAUCUGUUAGUUAAUGGACGUUACUACUCAACACAGUAG